AUGGCCGAUGACGCCAAGGCCAAAGGAAACUCGGCGUUCGCCGCCGGGAAUUUUAACGACGCUAUCCACCACUUCACGGAGGCCAUCAACUUGGCACCCAGCAACCAUGUCCUAUACUCCAACCGAUCCGCCGCGUAUGCUUCCCUAAAAAGGUUUUCCGAAGCACUUUCUGAUGCCCAGAAGACUGUUGAGUUGAAGCCCGAUUGGUCCAAAGGCUAUUCUCGGCUGGGUGCAGCUCAAAUGGGCUUACAGAAUUAUACCGAUGCCGUUUCUGCUUACAAGAAGGGUCUUGAGGUCGAUCCGAAUAACGAACCUUUGAAGUCUGGGCUAGACGGUGCGGAAGUUGCUCUGGCUCAAUCUUCCAAGUCUCGAGCGGGGCAGGGUGCUAGUCUAUUUGGAGACGCAUUUGGACCGGAGAUGUGGGUAAGGCUGGCGAGUGAUCCAACUACCCGCGGGUUCUUGCAGCAGCCCGAUUUUGUGAAAAUGAUGCAGGACCUUCAGAAGUCUCCGAAUAAUUUGAACUUGUAUUUGAAGGACCAGAGGAUGAUGCAGGCAUUAGGAGUUCUGUUGAACCUAAAGUUCCAAACAAGGGGCGCUGAGGAUGCCGAGGUGCCUGAGACGUCAAGUGGCUCGCCAGAGAGGAAAAGGCCUGCUGCAACUGAGACAGAACCGGUGAAGGAGGAGAAGACGCCCGAGAAGGAGCCAGAGCCUGAACCUAUGGACCUCUCGGAAGAGAAACGGAGAAAAGAUCAAGCCCAGAAGGAGAAGGAAGCUGGGAAUGCUGCUUAUAAGAAGAAGGAUUUUGAGACUGCAAUUCAACAUUACACUAAGGCAAUUGAGCUUGAUGAUGAGGACAUUUCUUUCCUCACCAAUCGUGCCGCCGUUUACUUGGAGAUGGGAAAGUAUGAGGAUUGCAUUAAAGAUUGUGACAAAGCUGUUGAAAGGGGAAGAGAACUGAGGUCUGACUUCAAGAUGAUAGCAAGGGCUCUGACAAGAAAGGGUUCUGCCUUGGUGAAGAUGGUGAAAUGUUCAAAAGACUAUGAACCUGCCAUAGAGACUUUCCAAAAGGCACUUACAGAGCAUCGCACCCCUGAUACAUUGAAGAAGCUUAAUGAUGCUGAGAAAGCAAAAAAGGAAAAAGAGCAACAAGAAUACUUUGACCCACAAAUAGCUGAUGAGGAACGCGAGAAAGGGAACCAAUAUUUCAAAGAGCAAAGGUAUCCAGAUGCUAUCAAACACUACACAGAAGCGAUAAAGAGGAAUCCGAAGGAUCCAAAGGCAUACAGCAACAGAGCUGCCUGUUACACGAAGCUUGGGGCACUUCCUGAGGGUCUCAAAGAUGCUGAAAAAUGUAUUGAACUUGAUCCAACAUUUGCAAAAGGUUAUACAAGAAAAGGUACCGUCCAGUUCUUCAUGAAAGAGUAUGAGAAGGCGUUGGAAACAUACCAGGAAGGGUUAAAGCAUGACCCUCAGAACCAUGAAUUGCUUGAUGGUGUCAGGAGAUGUUUAGAGCAGAUCAACAAGGCUAGCCGUGGAGAUUUGACUCCCGACGAGCUGAAAGAGAGACAGGCAAAGGGAAUGCAAGAUCCCGAGAUUCAAAACAUUCUAACAGAUCCAGUGAUGAGACAGGUCCUGAGUGACAUCCAGGAAAAUCCCAAGGCUGCACAGGAACAUAUGAAGAACCCUCUUGUGAUGAACAAGAUACAGAAACUGGUCAGUGCAGGAAUUGUUCAAGUUAAAUAA